AUGGCGACUCCAUCUCCCAAUAACGCAAAGAACCCACCUUCUAAUCCUUUAAUACCGGAAAAAUACAUCGAUGUUCCUUCACAGAGGUUGUACUAUCUUAGUUUCGGGCUGUUAUGCCAGGCUAUAAAAAUUCUUGACUUGAUAUUGUCAGUCGCCUCUGUUGAAGACCGCAUGGCUGUCUGUCGAAAGUGGCUUCUAGUCGACUUUGCCUAUUGCGUUCUACUAUCCCAACUACGAAUCCCCCGACUCACUUACACCAAGGCGACUGUGGUUCUACAGAUAUGCCUCUUGUGGUUUUUCGAUGGGGUCAUGUUCGGAGGUAUUAUUGUCAACCUGCCAACGUUACUGGGGGGGCUGGCGUUUGGUUCAACGUCUUCAGAUAUAUCCUCCACACCCAGCCCAUUCAGCAUUCGUGAUAUCUUAUCACCUCUAACCUUUGGAUUGAUUUCUUCGACAUCUUCCGGCAGAGACGCCCAUCUUCUCGGGCAACACACCGUCCGAAUGUCACCAAUUAGCACUGCACACCUGAACCCGCAAGGCGGCAAUUUUUGCAUAUCAUCAUCGACAGGUUUCGUCCUUCUGCCACUUGUUCUAAACAACACCAACCUGGCGGGAUUGAAGUACUCUGUGACGCCUCUUGGGUAUCAGAACGGCAAGAUCGAAACAUACGAUCUAACGGUGAAAGACCUGAAACUUAUAGAGCAAAAUUAUCGCGACAAGAUGCUUGCCGCUUCCCAGCUUAUUCAAGCUGGACGGAAUGCCCCCGAAUAUGAUGAAUACGAUGAUGACGAUGACGACUCGCGAACAGAAGACGCUCAUUCGAAACUACAGCACACCCAAUCUCUUAUACAUAUCAUGGUCGCUCGAGCUGGCGUCGUUCGUCUAGAACGCGUUUAUGACACCUCGAACAAUGACGCCCGUCUCGUUCUUUCACAAGCAAUCUUGGUUCCGUGCCCUCGUGUCCAAUUCGCGAAGGAUGAUGGACCAGGGUUGGAGCCUAUUCGUUGUGCCGGUCAGGUUGCUAACCCACAAUUGAAGAUCAACGUAUAUGGAGUUCCUCCGCUGAGUCUCCGAUGGCUUAGGAGUGUGAACGGGCAGCGAGACCAGUUCCUGGUCGAGGGCAUCGAAGGAGACCACAAGGACGAACCUGCCGACAGUCCAUUUGCAGAGUCACAGGAUCCCAUUGUUGCCCUUACGUCUGCUCCAAGAGUUCCUAUUCCACAAGAUAUCACGGUACCCUUGACCAUCUCUUUGGAAAGACCUGGUACCUAUCUCUAUGCACUGGAGGAAAUUAUAGACGGUGUUGGAAACGUUAUUCGAGUCGGAGGCGACGCAAAUCCAUCAGAACAAACCUCGAAUGUCGCGACCACGACCACUAGAUCCUUCAUCGUCAUUUCCAAGCCCGCCGUGUCAUUCUCCCACUGCAGUCCAGAUUCUCCCACAUCUCUCCUAAUCGGCUCUGAGGCUACACUGAGAAUUGAUGCUUCUCACACUGAUGAAUUCGACAAGCCUUGGGAUCUCAAUCUUCAAUACCAACCUCCAACUGAUGGCGAUAGCAAGAGCAAGAAAUUAAAGGCAUGGAAGAAGACUCUUAAAUACAAUGGAGACCAGGAGGACCUAUCCUUCCGUGCCAAUGCACCUGGAGACUACAAGAUCGUCGGGUUCAAGGGCAAGUAUUGCACCGGCACAGUGCUAGCGCCCGAUACUUGCAAGGUCGUUCAGAGGCCUCUGCCUUCUGCAGAGAUUGAAUGGAAACGUAUUCACGAGUGCUCAGGAGACACCGGUGUCUCUGCUUCCCUUAUCCUUCAUGGAACUCCUCCAUUCCAGAUAUACUACCGCACUCAACGCGACAAAGAACCUUCCAGGGAAAUUUCCAAAACGUACACCUCUUCGCGUGCAGAGUUGACUCUCCAGCCCGAACGAAGCGGCCACUACGUUUUCACAUUUGUCGCCAUCAGUGAUGCAAAUUACAGAAAGAUAGAACUUCAAGGACCCAGCAUCGACCAGAUGAUCCAUCCUGUUGCUUCAGUUGACUUCGCGGAAUCCCAUGGCACAGGCAGAGGCAAGCGGCUCGUUAGCACCUGCUCCGGCGACACCGUCGACAUCAACGUAGAACUGCGUGGCACUGGACCUUGGAAUCUUGAAAUACAAGUCAUUGGGCCUCAGCAAGCUGAAACUUUGCAGAUACAAGGAAUCGAAGCUGCCAGGAAGACGCUCAAGGUUCCUAUCCCCAAGGAACUGCAGAAGAAUGGAGGCUCCUUCGAAAUCGACCUUGUAAGCGUUGAGGAUGCAUCCAAGUGCAAGCGUGCGGUGUCAGUACCUGGAGUUGAAGUCAAAGUGAGGAGGGUGAUACCAACAGUUCAAUUUUACGGCAAGAGUCAUGAACGCCACAUAACCGUCACAGAGAAUGAAAAGGCAAAUCUUCCUCUUCGUUUGACAGGCAACGGGCCCUGGCGCCUGAAAUAUCGGAAAGAUGGGUCUGAGAGAGUCAUGUCAGCCAUGGUAUACAACAGGAACAGUGAACUUGAAGUUACUGGCAAAGGGGUCUACGAAAUACUCGGGGUCACUGAUUCGCAAUGCCCAGGAACCGUCGUUGCCGAUGCCUCCACGUACACAGUCGAUUGGAUUCCUAGACCAUCGGCUAGACUGUCUUCAUCCACAGAGGCUACAUUUGACCAGUACAAUGGAUCUUAUAUUCUCCAUUCCAUUUGUGAAGGGGUAAAUGGUCAUGUAGACCUUGAAUUGACUGGUCGCCCGCCCUUCCAGAUCAUGUACAACAUUGCACAGAACGGCGAAUCUGGAGGAACGAAGAUCACGGGCCAGCCAACGUUCAACAGCAUCCAACCUCGUACGCGCUUCCAACUGCACACAUCGACUCCUGGGCGGAUGUAUUACGAAGUCAAACAAAUCGGCGAUGCGGCAUACCCACUAUCCCAAAACAAGGACACCAUUAUUCCUCGAUCAGAAAGGCUCUUGUUCGAACAGCAGGUGUCCGUUCGCCCGUCAGCUCGGUUCAGAAACCGCAACCGGCUCGCGUACUGUCUGAACGACGCGCUGGUCCCGCUCGACCCGAGCUCGGCCGAUGGGACGAUCAUUCUCGAAGGCACGGCGCCUUUCAUGGUGGUGUUUUUGAUCAAGAAUAUCGCGGCAAGCCAUGUCGACAGGAGGACGGUGACGGUGCCCACCAACACCUGGCGGCUGGACCUGCCGAACUACACCUUCUCGUCGAUUGGAUCGCAUUUUGUCAGCAUCGAGACGGUCACGGACGCGUCGAGCUGUGAGCAGGCGGUAGUGGACCCACUCCUUCGCUCCAUUUGGGUCGACGUCGCAGAGACGGCGGCCAUAAUCCCCUUUGAACGUCGCGAAGACAUCUGCGUUGGCGAUGUUACUCAGUUCCAGCUCGAGGGCAUUCCCCCAUGGUCAAUUGGAUAUAAUGUCAACGGCAAGUCAUACACUCAGGAAGCAAAGACAUCUCCUUUCUCGCUCCUGCAACAGCAGCCUGGACUGUUUACCGUCACAAGCAUCGCGCAUCAGCAGAAGAUGUGCAAAGCUGCCGUCACAGAUCUACGUUUCAACGUUCACGCCCUGCCUUCCGCGCAGGUGGGCCAUGGAAAGAAGAUCUUCCAAGACAUACAUGAAGGUGACCAAGCUGAGAUCACGUUUACGCUGAUUGGCGAGCCUCCAUUCACUUUCACUUACCAACGAACCGAGCUUCCUACGAAGAAAGGAGGACCCGUAAAGGUUCUAGAAACGCAUACCGUAUCUCGCGUGCAGACCAACCAGUAUUCGAUUUUCUCGGCUCUAGAAGGAACAUGGACUGUAACGUCAAUUUCGGAUCGAUACUGCCGUUAUCCUCCAACCCAACCCGAGUUGGCCGUAGAAAAGCACAGAUAG